GUAGAAAGCGCAGAGAUGUCUCACACAAUCCUCCUCGUGCAGCCGACCAAGAGACCCGAGGGCAGAACCUACGCAGACUACGAGUCGGUGAAUGAAUGUAUGGAAGGGGUUUGUAAGAUGUAUGAAGAGCAUCUGAAGAGAAUGAACCCCAAUAGCCCAUCUAUCACAUACGACAUCAGCCAGUUAUUUGACUUCAUCGAUGACCUGGCAGAUCUUAGCUGUCUGGUGUACCGUGCCGACACUCAAACAUAUCAGCCCUACAACAAAGACUGGAUAAAAGAGAAGAUCUAUGUGCUCCUACGCAGGCAAGCUCAGCAAGCGGGAAAAUAAUCUUGAUGUUUUAGUGAAGAAAAAGUGGGGAGUUUUGUUUUUUGUAUUAUAGUGGUUUGUCUUUUGUUUAAACUAUAGGGGCCUUGAGUGAUUUAGACCAAUGUUGGAUGUUACAUGUAAAAUCCUUUUUUUUUAAUUUUAUCUUUUUUUCUAUAAAAGAAAUGUUUGAAUCCGCACACACCAAGAAGCAAUCGGCCUGGUGGAAAUGUUAACCACUCGGGGCCCCAACUACUGUAUUCUGCAGGUUCCAGCUACACAACAAUGUGGUCUGCGCAGUUAAUUUCACAGCCACUGUUUUGGCAGGUUAAAGCAUGCCCUAAUAUUUUAGUCAAAAUAAAUUCUUGAAUAAA